AUGUCUACCAGUAGGCGUCCUGAUAGGUUGAUUUACAGACCACCGUCGAAUAGGACCGUAGCCGUCAGUGCCAAAAGCGUCGAAGAUAAAUCGUUUGAUAGUGCUGUUUCCCGCGAAACAUCGUUCCAGAAUAAUCAUCUGCCUAUUAAUAAACUGUCUGGGGACAAUGUAGAUAUUGCCCGAAAGGAUUCAACCGAAAAUAUCAAAACCUGCGAGAGCAGUCGGCCACUUUUGCAUUCACAGGAAGAAUGUGGAUUCGAAAUUGUGAAAUCUGAAGCAUUGUCAAAGAGUGUGGAGAAAAGGGAUGAGGAUUUGUCUUCUAGUACGGUCAAGGCUGCUGAGCCUCUGAUGAACCCUUUGUUUAAACAUGGUGGCAUUAUCCAUUUACCCAAAAAUGUUAAUAUUUUUAAUCAGUCAAGUACUAGCGAAGGGAAUCAUAGCAGCAGUCAAAGAGGUACUCAGGAUUUGUUUAUCGCAUGUAUUUUAGUUACGGCAAAUCCAAGGCCCGUGUUGGUUGUUCGGCCCCAUCAAAGGUCUUCGAUGUCUUCGGAUACCCAUUUACAGCCGCUUAAUAAGAGCAGUGUACAUUACAGUCAUGAGUCAUCUGGUGGAGAAACUGGCAUCACUGGCUUGUCUUCGGUGGCCACAAGCACAGGCUUCCGUCGAAAAGAACCUCAGCCUUUUGGGCAGUCGAAUGGUGCCUCUUCUUUAAUGUUGACACAGCUUUCGAGCAAACCUUCAAGCCCUGCAGUGUUAGAAGCGGUAUAUCAAAUUGCGAGAAUUGACGCUGCGCUCAACACAUUGAUGGUUCCUCCUGGGCGCUGCGCCUUUCAUAUACCUCCUCUUCCAGAUGAACAGUCGGAAGAUAAGUUGCAAAUGUCGGAGCCGGAACGUUUGUUCUUACGCUGGUGGUCUACGUUGGAAAAUCUUCGAGGCAAUUUGAUGACCAACUACGAACGCAUAAUUCUUGAGGAUCUGGAGUUUUGCAAUGCAGCACAGGUUGAACAAGGGAUGUGGAAAUCCGUUUUCUAUACGGUAUUAGAGUUUUUACGAUCCUGGAUAGUGAAUCCCUAUUUAACCGGGCUGCUACCGAAACCAGAAGAAGGUGAAAGUGGACUGGCUGUUGCUGCUGCGGCAUUUUCUCGUAUGAUUAAAAUCAUCAGGAAGGUGUGCCUCGAAGAUGUAAUUCAAGUUGGUGAGCACCGUUUGACUGAGUUGCUGAACCGACUGCAGGCGACUCGUCACGUUCACCUGGACUACGUUCUUUCUGAGGGUCGACCGCCGCCGGAGUCUGGCUCACGUACUUGUAGAUUAAUGUACAUCUGUGCGCAGAAGCUUAUGCUCUAUCUCGGUGACUUGGCUCGAUACGAAGAAAUAAUUAACAGUGGACAGAAUUUUGGAAAGGCUAGAAGUUGGUAUCAAAAAGCCCAGCUUCUUAUCCCCAAAAGUGGUAGACCUUACAAUCAACUUGCGCUGCUAGCCGUCUAUACGUCUCGUCAUUUUGACGCAAUGUGCUACUAUAUGCGGUCAUUGGCAGCUAGCAAUCCUUUCCCUACAGCAAGCCAAAGUCUUUCUGCUCUAUUUAGCGACGUUCAUACACAUGGUGCCGAAUUUUUACAAAAAGUGAGUUUUCUGAGUUUCUUAUCUACUGGACUGGGUUGUAAUAACUCUCCAAACAGUUUCACGCACGGCCGCCCCAAACGAGUGGAGAUUUGGAUUCAUCCUGUAAAUGGCACAGCGACAAUCGUUCAAGGCAAUCGGAGUCUUACGGUGCCUCAUGUCGCCACUGGAGCCGAGGCUUUUGGGAAAUCAAAAAAAGGAGUAGUCACCGCUAACUCCUCCUUUCUUCCCUCAGCGGAAUUAUUGGACGAUGAAAACGAUGAGGAUGGGGAAGAAGCACAGGCUGAUGCAGAGGAAUAUGCAAACAUGUCACUCAUCGAGCUAACAAAGUUGUUUGGACUUCAUUUCAUGCAUGCCCACGGCCAACUUUUUACGAAAAUAGGGAUUCCGGUAGCGCAUUUGACCACGGUUACAGCAAAGAUAUUCAUGGCACCUUUUAACGGACCUCUGCUCUUCCUUGUACAAAGAAUGGAAUCCUUCCCCGAAGUUGCGUCCAUGGCCCUACAGGCUCUCUCUGGUCUCCUGGCUCAGCGACCGUGUCCCCUAUCAGAAGAUCGUCUAUGUCAGAUACUCAUGGUUAACAUGUUCAACUUAGAUCGUGCAGCUAUGUUCACAGCUCACUCUGCGGUCAGUAGGGUUGGUGCCACGGGAGGGAGCCACGCUUGUGUUACUGAAAUGAGCCAAAGGCAACAACAACAGCAACAACAACAACAACAACACUUGCUUCUGCAAAAACCCAAAGUUGAGCCGGAGACUCUUCGUUCGGUGCAUCACGACCAUGCAGCACGCUUCGCCCUCGACACUUUUAGCCUUAUUUGUCGUAGAGCUGCUAAACUCUUUACGGAGUCUCAGCCGAAGUCUAGAACCUCUGAGAAUUGGCUUCACCCUGAUUUGCGCAUCCUGCUGCCUGCGCUGCGGCUCUGGACAGAGUGGAUGAUUCUGCAUCCGGAGCAUUGGUCGCCGCCACCGAAUCACCGUGAUCCCACUCUGCGUCCUUGUCUCGACGAUUGGCGGCUCGUAGCGGAGAUGUGCACCCGUGCCGCUCAGUGGUCCGCGGAAGUUGAGGGUGCACCCUCGGUGGAGGAGAUCACUCCAUCCACUGCUCUUGUAGUUCAACUACACCUCCGCAAGUAUAGGGUGGAGGCUGACGGCGAUGGCUCUGAUCCAGCAGUAGAGCACUCGGCGAACCUAAUACCCGCCUUUCUGAAGUACACAACGCUCUUCGAGGAAACUGUUUGCGCCGGAUUCAAACCCAUGCUUGAUCUCAUUCCUAAAGUAGGCCACUUUUUGACUGGUUCUUUGUAA